UCCCAAUCGGCUCUCGCCUGAAUCGCCUGCGGCCUCCACCUGUCCACAUGCGGGCUGCGGCGUCAGCCAACUCGUCCUCGUAGUCCUUCAUCUCUCUUGCCUAUCAUCAUGGCGGGUCGCAUGGCAGCCUCCGAGACCGAUGUCUUCAAAGUCAUCGGCAUCUUGAACAACCAGCCCGAUGUGUUGACGGCGAUUGUCAAGUCGCGUCUCCCCGACGACCCGCGGACCAAGGGCCAUCUCGGCGACCUGUACAUCAUGGACGUGGACACGGACGGGCACUGGGUGCGCCUGGCACUGCGGCCGCCGCCGACGCGUGAAGAGGUCGAGGUCAAGAUCCCCUUUGACCCGCCCGUUAAGACCGGGUGGGAUGUGCGUCCGCGCCUGUUUGCGUGGCGCGCCGAGGCGCGCAGAAAGUACAAUAUCCCUGAGCAUCCCACCGUGGAUUACUUCAAGCGGCCGCCCAUGUUCCCCUUCACACUCCCGCUUGGCGGCAGCUUGCUCGUCCUCCUUGUCCUCUUCUUCGGCGAGGGCAAGAGCCAGCUGAUCGACGACGCGCGGCAGUGGAUUGGCGAGCGCGCGGGCUUCUCGACCAUCACUAUCUGCACUUGGUUCGCGGCAUUCAUGCACCUCCUUGCCGAGCCCGCGCUCAUGAUCUGGAUGACGGGACGGCACCGAGUCCCGCUAGGCCCGCGGCUCAAGUGGCUCGCGUGGAAUGUCGCCAUCGGAUGGGGAGCGAUCGAUGAGUUCUUCGAGUGCACUCUGUACGAAAAGGUGCGGCAUGUGUACAAGCAGACGGAUGUGGGCGACAUUGGACCCAAUGUCAAGGACGCAGUGUCAAAGGAGAAGAAGACGCAGUAGAGAGAGAGAGAGCGCGCGCUUAUUGAUGUAUUGUUGCAUCUUGG